AUGGAUGUCCAAAGUGUGGAAGACUGGAGCAGAGGUGCACGGGAGGUGGCAGUCCUCGACUCGCAGAUGCAGAGCCAGCGAUUGGUGGAGAGGGGAGGGGAGCAGGAGCUCGAGGAGUCCCGCUACGAACCUGGACUGACGCUCGUGGACAGCGGCAGUGACCCACGCGCCUGGCUGGCUCCGGCGCAGCCUUCUGGCACCUGCGCGGCACACGCCACUUCACCCGACUACCUGCGGCACUCGCCCUGCCCGAGCACCGGCUCCUACCAAGAGAGUUGCUCCCCGGAGUCCUCGGGCCAUUCCAGCCCUCCCAGCUACAGAAAAAAAAGCCCCGCCUCUUCUUUGCUCAAAGUCAGGGACUUAUGCCAUCUUCAAGGCACGGUCACCGGGUCCGAUGAUGAGACGUCCACGAGAGAGAGAGCCCAGUCAGGCAAACCUAACAACGGCGUCCAUAAACAGAGGCGCGUCGCCGCCAACGCGCGAGAGAGGAGGCGGAUGCACGGGCUUAACUACGCGUUUGACGAGCUGCGCAGCGUCAUCCCUGCGUUUGACAAUGACAAGAAGCUCUCCAAAUAUGAAACUUUACAGAUGGCGCAGAUUUACAUCAACGCUCUGGCUGAUCUGCUCGAAGGCCCGGUAGCCUCCAACAACAGCAAGAAAGAUGUCUCCAACAACAACAACAACAACAACAGUAACAACAACACACCAAAGUGUGACGUUGUGCUUCCAGCCACUGUUGGUUUUGAUGGGGCAAAGGACAGGGCAUCCCCGUCCCCUACAACCUGUAGAAAAGCAGCGGCUGUCCACAUCAGUGGGAUGCCUUUCAGCUCCUCCUUUGACGACGGCUCGUUUUCCGCUAUGGUGGAAGAAGCGAUGCGUUCGCCCUCUCCUGCUUCCACCACUCGGGCAGGUAGUUCUCUCGCACCGGUCGGAAGUGGGAGGAAAGAGUCUCCCAGGAGCGACGGAGAGUUUUCCCCGCACUCACACUUCAGUGACUCAGAUGAAAUAGCGAUGGAGAUCCACUCAAGUGAAGAAGAUGACCUCUCAGAACUCAAGCUACCACGCCACCAUCAUCAUCUUCACACUGUAGCUUACUGAAUGAUUAAAUAGAAAAAAUAAUAACAGGACUUUAUUAACGGCUCACUAUUGCCUACA